AUGGCCCAUUAUGGUGGAAGCGGUGUUCCUGAGUGGAAUCCUAAUAUGAGUCAUGAGCAUCAACACACACCUCGAGACUUAACUCACAAAGGAUCUUCGAGAUCUGCUAUCAGCGAUAUGUCAGGAAGCCCCGAAUUCAACAGCAACUAUUCGUUCGUGUCAGCGAUGAGCAACAUGUCCAGCAGUGAAGAGCCACCUCCACCGUUUAGUCCACUCUCCUCAAAAACAGCAAACAACAUCAGUCAUGACCACCUAUCUAACAUCGAGGGAUCUGGCGUACAAAAGACAGCAAGCACAUCCACUUUAAAUAAGAUAUCGGCCUCAUUACCAAACACUCUACGAUCAGGAUCGAUUCCGUCCUCGAUAGAAUUUCCGUCGACCCCUUCUAGGCGAGGUUUUGGAGCCACGACAUCAUAUACAGCGUAUUCUCCUGAGCGCGCAAGGAGGCCUUCGCUUCCAAGCAAAAAUCUAUCGCGAAAGCAUUCAAGAAAGAACUCGUCAAUUUCUUCUGGGAGGGGAAGUUCCAUACCCGAAAAUGAGGAGAUUAAUAUGGGCCUGUUAAACAACGCGAUGCCACUGUCAUUUAAUAACCCAGUCUACUCAGAUUUACCCGAGGAAGACGAAGUCAAUGAUGGUGGAGUAACUAUUGAUAUUUCUUCGUUUACUGGCCCUAUGGGCAUGAUGCCCAAGAGUGAAGCCGAAUGGGAGGAAAUGCAUCAAAAAGAAAGAGGGGGUCAAUUGACUGGAGGCCUAGGUGCUGGAUUCACACCUGAUGCAACGCUUACUGGUACCCAAAUUUUGGGAAACGGAUCCAAAUCAAUGCCAACGACCCCGAUAGUGCGCAAGUUUUCAUUAUCAGGUCCCAUUACGAGAGCAGCCACAGUUCGAAGACUAGCUCAAUCGGAGGCAAACAAGAGUGGGAAAAUCAUCGAAGUAAUCGCAGAGGAGGUCCACGAUGAUGACGAACCGAGGGUUGAUAUGGAUCUGAGUAUGAUGGAAGGUAUGGGGGAAUCUACGCGUAGUACUACGUUCGUAUCAUUCAAAAAUUCGAGAACAAUGCCCUUGAAGCCGGAAAUAUACUAUCCUCAACCUAACUGGAAGCCAUUAUCCAUGCGUUGGCCAUUCCUUACCGCUCUUAUCGUCGUAUCUGUAUUAUUAGCGGUGGUCCAGGAGGUCUUGUAUCGAAAAUCCGCAAAGGAACCGCUUUUCUCGUUUGUUGACGCAAGUCACCUGGCGAAUUGGGACUAUUUUACAUUCAAAUACAUGCCAACUAUUGUCGCUGUCACGUUUGGGAUCUUGUGGCAGUUUACAGACUUUGAAGUUAAACGAUUGGAGCCGUUUUAUCAGUUAUCUACGGAAGGUGGAGCGUUAGCUGCUGAGUCCCUGAAUGUUGACUAUAUCACCUUUUUCGAUUUCUUUCGACCACUCAAGGCAUUGAGAUUGAGACAUCAUGCCGUUGCUACUUCCUCGUUGGCUACUCUCCUGGCCGUCUCCUUGGUCCCUACAAUCCAGUCUGCAUCUAUUACAAUUCAGCCCGCACGGCAGAUUCGACAUGCAAAACCUGAUAUUAUGAAGACUAUACAACUCGACCCUGUCUGGUCACGACUAUUGACCGCGCAGCUUUUGAUUGUAGCCGCCAUCGGAUGUGUGCUCUUUUUCCAACUCGAGAAACGACGAUCGGGACUUGUGGCAGAUGUGAAAGGUAUUGCUGGCAUCGCAGCCAUGGCAAACAAAAGUCAUAUUCUAAUGGAUUUCAAAGACAUGGAUACGGCGACGCCAGAAGAGAUUCACAACAAGUUGAAGAAACAUCGCUACACCCUUCGAAAUUCAUCUCUCGCGCCAGACCAGGACAAUCUACUCAGCAAAGAAGAGCAAGACAAAUACGACCAAAAGAAGAUUGACCCAAAUCCCCAGCCUUUCAUGCUCCGACUGGCAGCUGGUAUCCCAUUCAUCAUCUCCAUGCUAGUCCUAAUGAUUAUAAUCCCCGUCUUCCUCUUCCAAGACAAAGCCAACCGCGUUCUCGAAAACGCCCCCUGGCUUCUCACCGUCUACGCAGUCGCCGUCAAGCUCGCAUGGGGCACCCUCGAAACGGACGUCCGCAUGAUCGAGCCCUUCUACAUCCUCUCCAAGCGGCACGCCUCGCCCAAGGUCCUCACGCUGGACUACACCGGCAUGGCAUUCGGAUACAUGCCCAUCCGCGCCUUCCUCAACGGGCACUUCACCGUCUUCUUCGUCGGUCUGGGGUCCGUCCUCGCCGAGAUCCUCACCGUCCUCGCAUCCUCAUUCGGCAACGUCAACGGAACCUCCUUCAUAGCCGGCAAAAAAUCCCAAUUCAAAAGCGGCGAAGAAACCCUCCUCUCCUUCUGGGUCUCCUUCGCCCUCGCGCUCUUCAUCCUCACCUUCCUCAUCGGCGUCGCCAUCGUCGUCUACAUGCGUCGUCGCCACCCGUUCCUCCCGCGCCAGCCGUCGUCCAUCUCCAGCGUCCUCGCAUUCAUCCAUCAAAGCCGCAUGCUGUACGACUUCGUCGACACGGAGAAGAUGAAUAACGAUGAGAUGGUGCGGCGACUCGCGGGGAUCGGGAAGACGUAUGGGCUGGGUUGGUUUGCGGGCCGGGAUGGGAAUAUGCAUUGUGGGGUUGAUCAGGAGGAGUUGGCGAGUGAUUAUAUUCAUGGGAAGGAUGGGAAGCAGACUAAUCAGCCUUGGAAUAGUAAUUGGCAGGAUUAUUGA